AUGCGGUCGACAGUCGUCUAUUUUUUCCUUUCAUUAACCCUUUCAACUCACCAAAUUAUCGCCAACGUUCGUAUAGAAUGCAAAAACCGCAAAUUUGACAAAUAUCUAGUGUCCAUCCAAACCGACCGCCAGCACAAAUGCACUGGGGUCAUCCUGAACUCAAACACCAUCUUAACAAGUGGCCUGUGCCUAACAGACCACAUCUACAGAACUUCAGCUCCAGGUACCUGCGACUGUGCAAAGAAUGUGUCAAUCAUCUACGGUCUGGCUUCUAGUAACAUGGGAGGCAUGAUCUGCGCCAAAGAUAUCAAGGUGGCGAAAACAGUCUUACAUCCUAAUUACUAUAGGUCAGCCCAACAAGUGGACAACGACGUGGCCAUCUUGAAAACCAAGGGUUACAUGGACUUGGGUAAAGAAUGGAAAGAGCCGUCUUUGUCUAAUGAUUCUUGGACGGUGUUGGACAACUGUGAUGCUGAGGCUGUGUUGACUGGAUUUUGGAUGGAUUGGUAUCAGAAAGAGCCUAAUGUGCAAGCACCUUGCAUAGACGUAUUGGUUUCUAACAAAAAACUCUGCACGGAUCCAAUCCGCGACUUAACAUAUACCAAGAUGCAACCAAGGUUCAUGUGUGUUAUCAGCUCGAAUGUCAUGACUCGUUCUAUAUGCAGAGCUUAUUUUGGUUCGCCUAUCUUCUGCAGAGAGAAGAAGACUGGGACUUCGAUAUUGUAUGGAUACUUGUCCCAUAGGCUGCGUUUUUAUGAACAUUGUGAACAUGGUCAAAGUAUAGUUUAUGCAAGGCUGCAGAGCUAUAAGGAUUUCUGGCAGAGAGAGAGGCUUUGA